AUGUCGUCCGCCCGCAGCGGCUCUGACUCUGACGCAUCAGAACCGCGCCAUGCCACCUGGAACUGGCUCCUCUUCCUCCGCCAACGCCGCUUGAUGGCUCAGCUCGGGAAGCUCCAGAACGACUUCAAGCACUGCUACUGUCAGGCCGAUUGCAAUGGAUCUUUGCACGUCGAGGAAGGAGUCCCUGUGGUCCCAGGACCCCGCCCCCGCCUACACGUGCAUGCCCCGUUCGUGCGCGUGGAUAGUGACUUGCCUCGUACCUGGGCCAGACCUGAGUACCAUAGGGAUGCAGACGAUGUGGUUGUCGCAGAAGCACGAGGUACAUCGGACAUACUUCUUCCCCGGGACGGGCAUAGGGCCACUCUGCGCAUGUCACUCCAGGUCCGCAGGAAGGCUUCUCAAGCUCCGCUGGUUGGGUAUUUUGGGGAGAUGUUCCUGACAAGGUGGGGCCAACCGGAGGAGUUUCUCGGUUUUAUUCAGAGCUUUCAUGUGGAUCGGAGGUCGAACGCUGCCUGGGAGGUCACAUACCUUGGCGAGUGGGCUGACGGGCAAUACGGCGGCACCGGGGAUUUCCUUCAGAGAAUUUACAACAUUACUUUCAAAGGCAAUAAACGCGAUAAUGCUCCGUAUGAGUACCAUAAUCCGGAAAAUGUUGCAGUGGAGGAGCGGACCGAGGAUGCAAUGCUGCUUCCCACCGAUCCAUACCGGGAUCACUUUGCAUCAGCUUGGGCGAGAAUCAGUGAAGAUGGGGCUGAUAUCCUCUACAUACCGCUGAUAUGGAUCCGAAAUAAAUUCCAGGGACAGCGCAUUAUCGCUCGCGGGUUUGAAUUAUUAUUCAGGCUGAUGACUGGUGGCACGUUGUCUGGGGCAUACAACCUCAACCGCCCACUGGCCGUUUUGCUGCAGGCGGGCAUGCUCAGUCCCCCGUACGACGGAGGUUGGCUAGAUGCAAACGGUGAUGAGAUGGACUGGAUUCCCCAGCUGGAUGCUAUCGCACGUGGAUAUAUGAGGGGUGGGUUUAUGCGCCUAGUUCAGGAUAAAGAUAGCCUCGAUUACUACAUGGGCCGCGGCGUCGACCCUGCAGACUACCCAGCGGCCCCUGGCGACAUGGCCAUCGUGCCGCCGAAUCCGCCUCCGUCGGAUGUGUCCACACCAUCGCCCAUGCGCGCUAGACCAGUCGGUACCGGCCAUCGUGGCCCCAAAUUCUUGCCUGGAAGAAAAACUCCGGUUUCUCCUACUUUUUGGAGAGGAAACAAUGCUGGCAGCGUCGCAAAUAAUAACAGUAGCAGCAAUGGCGACAAUGGCGACAAUGACGGCAAUGACGGCAGUAGCAACGACAACGAUAACGACCAGGAGAUGGCACAGGGAAUUUAG